AUGGAGAUCUGGUAUCAGAGCCAGGUUGAAAGAGGUGUUGAAGGCAGAAAUUUGAAGAAGAAAAAGAAGAUUUUGGAGGAGAAAAAUGGCCAGCACAAGUUGCGUAAAUUGGAGCAGUGUACAGAAUCUUCUUCAACUCUAACCGAAGCCCAGCAAAAGGAGUUGAAAGAAAAUAAGAGCAAAGAUGCAGGAGCUCUUGGAAUGAUACAAAGGGGAGUUUCAGAAGCUAUUUUUCCAAGAAUCAUGGGAGCAAAAACAGCAAAACAAGCAUGGGAGACAUUGCAAGAAGAGUUCCAAGGAGAUAAAAAGGUGAGAGCCAUCAAACUCCAAUCUCUUAGAAGAGAUUUUGAAAAUAUGAGAAUGAAAGAAAAUGAAAGUGUGAAAGAUUACUCAACCAGAUUUUUGGAGUUAGUAAACCAAAUGAAAAUUUAUGGUGAAGAAAUGUCUGAUCGUAAACUUGUGGAAAAGAUACUAAUUAGUCUACCAGAAAAAUUUGACCCCAUGGUUGCUGUUAUUGAAGAAACUAAAGACCUCUCUAAAUUAAGUGUUCAAGAGCUGUUAGGCUCUUUAAAAUCUCAUGAGCAAAGGUUGGAAUGGCACUCCGAGAAGUCAAUAGAGAGUGCUUUCCAAUCUAAGCUGAAUGUUAGAUCAAAAUUUUUUGAAAAGAAAUCAAUGGCUUAUUAA